UCGGGCGGUGCCGAUGAAGCCGGCGGAGGACGCGGCCGUCCCGGCGACGGCGGCAGCGCAGACGGUGUGGUACGACCCGAUGUCGUCGCCGCCGCAGCCGCCGCCGGCGGCGGGCGGGGCAGCCUCGCCGUUGGUGAGCUCUGACGCGCGGCCUGUCCGGGUGUACGCCGAUGGCAUCUACGAUCUCUUCCACUUCGGCCAUGCUCGCGCGCUCGAACAGGCCAAGAAAUCAUUCCACAACACCUACUUGCUCGUCGGUUGCUGCAGCGACGAGAUCACCCACCGGUACAAAGGCAAGACUGUCAUGACCGAAGCUGAGCGCUAUGAAUCGCUUCGCCAUUGCAAGUGGGUCGACGAGGUUAUACCAGAUGCUCCAUGGGUCAUCAAUCAGGAAUUCCUCGACAAGCACCACAUUGAUUAUGUCGCUCAUGAUGCGCUCCCGUAUGCUGACACGAGUGGAGCAUCCAAUGAUGUCUAUGAAUUUGUGAAGGCCAUUGGGAAGUUCAAGGAGACGAAGCGCACCGAGGGCAUCUCGACUUCGGACAUCAUCAUGAGGAUCUUGAAGGACUAUAACCAGUACAUCAUGCGGAACUUGAUCCGUGGGUACAGCCGCAAAGACCUCGGAGUGAGCUAUGUCAAGGAGAAGCAACUGAGAGUGAACAUGGGGAUAAGCAAGCUAAGGGAGAAGGUGAAAGAGCAUCAAGAGAAGGUGAUCAAGUCGCUUUACAACCGUUUUGAGACAGAUCUUCACAUGAUUUACAAAAUUCUGGUACCAACCGUGUUGCAUACGCAGUUUCACAGCGCGGCGAAGAUAGCUGGAAGCAACCCUGUGGAGUGGAUGGAGAACGCUGAUCGUUGGAUUGUCGGGUUCCUUGAAAAGUUUGAGGAAGGUUGCCACAUGAUGGAAACCGCGAUUAAAGAUCGGAUUCAGGAGGGGCUGAAGAGGCAAGGCAGGUCCGAGUCGAACCUGUCUGAAGAAGACUCGGACUCGUAGUGUCCUGUAGUAUCUACAUAAAACUUCAGAAAAGGAAAAAUUGGAGGUCAUAUUCCUACAGUUUGUGUAAUAGUAUGAGAUUAGCAUGUUAUUAUAGGAUAUCAAAGUGAUCAUGAUUUAGUCGUACCUAGAGAUUAUGUACUAUUAAGAAUUUUUUUUC